AUGCGCACCCGCCGCGCCGCCAAGUACCACCCACUAAGCACGUCAGCGAGGCAUAGCGAGAGCCAUGAUGAGGCACACGGACCAGAGAAAGAUCCCUCGGUGCCUUCGGCAGGCUGGAAUAGGCAGGAGGAGCAUGGCGAAUACGAAGUCAAAGAGUCAUCAGCGAAGCAGGUCGCGGUCACGGACACGUUCAAGGCCAAGGCCAGGAGGCACCCGUCAACCAGCGAUGGGCCCCGGCAUUGCGGAUCGAAGGAUGAGAUAGAUUGCGGUUUUAUUGAUCCUGCAUAUUACAGCUUCCACACUACCUUGGUCCGAGCCAUGUUGAUCGCGACCACUGCCGCUCUCCUGCUGCUCGUUGGCAGAUGCUGCCUUGCCGGCCCGUCUCGCCGGAGCUGCUCGCAGACAGCUACCUGCAACAGCGGUCUCUUCCAGGGCGCUGUAUCUCUCCCCGGAGUCACUGUCACUAUCGAGAAAGUGGACCAUGUCACCAACGGCACAUAUGGCGAGCCCGACGACAAGGGCUUCCCGCAGCCCGCGGACCUGCUACCCGAGGUCUGCGCCGUGAUCGUCAAGAUCAGAAACACGACGGACGCGAUCCAGUCAGACUACCGCUUCGGCAUGUUCCUCCCCCCAGCGGCGAACUGGAACUCCAGGACGCUCACGGUCGGCAGUGCCUCCUUCGCGGGGGGCAUCAACUGGAUCGAGAUGGGCCAGGGGCCGCACUUUGGCUUCGCGACCAUCUCGACCGACAACGGCCACAACUCGAUCGGCAGCGACCUCACCUGGGCCACGCCGGCCCGGCUGCUGGACUGGGGCUACCGGGCCAUGCACGGGUCGGUGCUGGUCGGCAAGCUGCUGAUCGGGCACUACUACGGCAAGGCCCCGGCGUACUCGUACUACAGCAGCUGCUCGACCGGCGGGCGCCAGGGCCUGCGGGAGAUCCAGUACGACGAGAAGGCCUUCGACGGGGCGCUCAUCGGCGCGGCGGCGUGGGACACGGCGCACCUGAUGCCGUGGGUCGGCAAGGUGGCGCACGACCUGCUCAGCGCGCCGCGCGCCGACCUCUUGGGAACGCAGCAGAUGUCCAUCCUCGCCGCCGAGGUCCUGCGCCAGUGCGACAGCAUCGACGGCCAUGUGGACCGCAUCGUCAGCUCACCCGAGCGCUGCAACUUCGACAUCAGCCAGGUCGUGUGCUCGGACCCCAACACGUGCCUGACGGCGGGGCAGGCGCGGACAGCGCGCCGGAUCUACGACGACUACGUCCUGGACACGGGCCGGUUCGCCAGCCACGGCUUCCAGCUCGGGUCCGAGGACCAGUGGGGCGUGUACUUUGGCAACGUGGCGACGAUGCAGGGGUUCGACUUUGACUACGAGCGCUGGUGGCUGUACAACCGAACUAAUUACAGCUGGCGCGAGUUCAACGACGCCGUGGUGCCGGACUCGGAGCGCGUGGACCCGGGCCGCCCGACGGCGGACAAGUUCGACGUGUCGCCGUACCGCGACCGCGGCGGCAAGAUCGUCAUGUACCACGGCACGGGCGACGGGCUGAUCUCGCCCAAGACGUCGCUGCAGUACUACAACGCCACGGUCGCGGCCGCGGACGGCGGCGACCUGGCGGCGACGAGGCGGUGGUUCCGCUACUUUGAGAUCCCCGGCAUGGCGCACUGCUUCCUCAGCAACGCGCGCUACGGCGCGCCGUGGGACAUCGGGGCCGGCGGGCAGGCGGCGGUGCUGCGGUCCGUCGGGCUCGGCGACGGCUGGUCUGUGCCGGGCCACCUCGGCGACCCGGCGUACGACGCGCUGGCGGCGCUGAUGCGGUGGGUCGAGGACGGGACGGCGGUGGGGCAGGUCAUUGCCACGGCGUUCAACGCGGACCUGUCGACGAACCGGACGAGGCCUGUGUGCCCGUGGCCUGAGAAGGCGCUGUUUGUGGGUGGUAACAUCGAUGACGCGGCGAGCUGGACUUGUGGGUAG